UAUUGACUUGAGAAAAUUUUGAAUAGAUUAUUUAUUUGGCAACUCUUUUAACUAAAGCUAUGGAAAGCUCCGCAACAUCAAACUAAAGCUCCUUCUUCUGUCGUUGGAAUUGGAAUUGGAAUUGGAAUUGGAAUUAUGAGGAAGAGGUUUCAAUCUGAAGGAUCUUCCUCGGCCGACUCGAACCAGCCCAUUUCUCAUGAUAAUCCCUCACAACCUCCAACAAAAGCCCCACCCCCACACAGGUCGCCUUUCGUAUGGUUGACUUUGUUCGUCGCAAUUGUCUAUUCUUCGUGGACCGUUUACCAUUACCAAUAUCUGAGCUUGCCUUUGCCUCUCACUGCCGACCAAGCUGGCAAAAGGGGUUUCUCAGAGGUUCAAGCUCUUAACCAUGUCAGGGCUUUGACUGAGUUGGGCCCUCAUUCUGUUGGCUCUGAUGCUUUGAAUCAUGCUGUUCAGUAUGUUUUGUCAGCAUCAGAAGAGAUCAAGAAAACAGCCCACUGGGAGGUUGAUGUUGAAGUAGAACUUUUCAAUGCAAAAAGUGGAGCAAAUAUAAUGACUGGUGGCCUGUUUAAUGGAAAAACUCUUGUUUAUUCUGAUUUAGAUCACGUCAUUGUAAGAAUCUCGCCAAAAUAUGUGUCUCAAGCGAGAGAAAAUGCAAUUCUGGUCUCUUCUCACAUCGAUACUGUUUUCUCAACGGGAGGUGCUGGAGAUUGCAGCUCAUGUGUAGCAGUUAUGUUGGAACUUGCUCGAGGGGUUUCUCAGUGGGCUCAUGGAUUUAAGCACUCUGUAAUCAUAUUGUUUAAUACUGGUGAGGAAGAAGGCUUGAAUGGUGCUCAUAGCUUUAUAACUCAGCAUCCCUGGAGUAAAACUGUUCGUAUGGCUAUUGAUUUGGAGGCCAUGGGUAUUGGAGGGAAAUCUACCAUAUUUCAGGCGGGUCCUAAUCCAUGGGCUAUUGAGAACUUUGCAUUAGUGGCAAAAUAUCCUUCUGGCCAGAUUAUUUCACAGGAUCUAUUUUCUUCUGGAGUCAUUAAAUCUGCUACAGAUUUCCAAGUAUACAAAGAGCUUGCUGGCCUUUCAGGACUUGACUUUGCUUACACGGAUAACUCUGCAGUAUAUCACACUAAGAAUGACAAAGUUGAACUCCUGAAACCAGGAUCUCUUCAACAUCUUGGAGAAAAUAUGCUUGCUUUUCUGCUUCAGAUUGCUAGAUCUUCUGACCUUUCAAAAUCCAGUGCAGUAGAAGCUGAGGAAAAUGCUGGGCAAAACAGAGCCAUAUAUUUUGACAUUUUGGGGACAUAUAUGAUCGUAUUCAGACAACACUUUUCAAAUUUACUUAAUAUUUCAGUGAUAAUGCAAUCACUUCUGAUUUGGGUUACAUCUUUGAUUGUUGGUGGUUAUCCGGCUGCAAUUUCACUUGCCUUGUCAAGUUUGAGUAUCAUCCUUACGUGGAUUUUUGCAGUUGGUUUAGCUGUUCUUGUUGCUUUCACUCUACCCUUUUUAUCCUCAUCCCCAACACCCUAUAUUGCGAGCCCAUGGUUGGUGUUUGGGCUAUUUGCAGCACCGGCUCUUGUUGGAGCAUUGAUUGGUCAAUAUAUUGGUUAUCUUAUUCUCCAAAAAUAUUUGUCAAAAGUAUAUUCCAAGAGAAGGCAGCUCUCUCCAAUAAUUCAAGCUGAUGUAGUCAAGUUUGAUGCUGAAAGGUGGCUCUACAAAGCUGGAUCUGUUCAGUGGCUUGUUCUUCUCAUUCUGGGAAACUACUAUAAAAUUGGUUCCACUUAUCUGGCUCUUGUUUGGCUGGUUCCACCCGCAUUUACAUAUGGGCUGCUUGAAGCCACUCUAAGCCCAGCUCGAUUACCUAGGCCACUCAAACUGGCUACUCUCGUGAUGGGCUUGGUUGUACCAAUAUUAUUAUCUGCUGGUAAUUUUAUUCGGUUGGUCGACACAUUGAUUGCAACUUGGGUUCGAUUUGAUAGGAAUCCUGGUAGCACUCCUGAGUGGCUGGGAAAUGUGAUAGUUGCCACUUUCAUUGCAGUUGUCAUGUGUCUUACUCUGGUGUACCUCCUAUCAUACGUUCAUCUUUCAGGUGUAAAGAGAGUGACUAUCCUCUCAUCCUGCUUGUUGCUUGCUCUCUCACUUGCUGUCGUAAAAUUGGAAAUAGUUCCACCAUUUACCGAACACAUUUCCAGAACUGUUAAUGUUGUGCAUGUUGUGGAUACAACAGGAAAGCAAGAUCCUAUCUCUUUUGUUUCUAUGUUUUCUGCAACUCCUGGAAAGUUGACAAAAGAAGUUGAACAGAUUAAUGAAGGCUUUGUAUGCGGAAGGAACAAUGUCGUCGAUUUUGUUACUUUCUCAGUCAAAUAUGGUUGCUGGACCCAAAAUGAUACUGAAGGCGGAUGGAGCAAAUCAGAAUUGCCUUUGCUGAAUAUCGACAGUGAUACUCAAGGGAAGAAAAGGAUCACUCAAGUUGUGAUUGAUACAAGAUUUUCAACACGCUGGACUCUAGCAAUCAACUUUAAGGAAAUCGAAGAUUUUGCGUUAAAAGAUGCAGGCAGCUCAGAUGAAUUAGUGCCAGUUGGUGGCAAGAGCAGUGUUGACGGAUGGCACACCAUUCAGUUUUCGGGGGGGCAGAAAGCACCAACAAAGUUUGUUCUAACACUUUUCUGGCAGGAAAGUUCUUCUCGGUCAACUGAGGUCGUGGACGGGAAGAAACAUGAUCUCCAGCUUCUGAAGCUCAGAACUGAUAUCAACAGACUUACACCAAAAGUUGAUAGAGUUCUUUCGAAGCUUCCUCGAUGGUGUUCACCGUUCGGAAAGUCCACAUCUCCUCACACCUUAGCAUUCUUAAGUAGCCUUCCUGUUGACUUUUAGCUCUUCAAUUUCUAGGAUUUUUUAUUUUUAUUUAUUUAUUUGGGAAUAGAAUUAGAUGUAUAUUAUGAAUGAGUUGCAUUUAAUAAAUUUAUCAUAUAUAUUUUUCAAAGAAGAAAAGGAAGAAAAAGAAUUACCUUA